CCUGCUGUAGUUCCAAUAGCUUAUGUAGUUCAUAUAUCCAAAUCAUGGCCUUGUUAAUAAAUAAGAGCAGCUUUUAAUUAAUUAAAAUAAUGUCAUUACCAGUGAACUGCAGAACCCUACUAAAGUUAAUCCCUCGUCGACAAUUGGGGGUACGAUUAUACUCGUUGGCAACCACCAAAUUCCCGACACCAGUCCUAACCUCGACAACGCCUUUAGUGUCUUCAGCAAUUAGCAGAUUCAAAAGCAAAGGUAGCAAGCAAAAGCAAAAAGAAUCGGAGGAUGAAGAGGAGACCGAGGAGGAAAUCGAGGACUUCGACAAUCUCAUCGUUGACAAACAAACAAAGGUCACAACUUUAAGGGUUUCUUCACUGCGAGCCGAUGUCGUGCUAAAAAGUUGCCUGCACAUAUCAAGGAGCAAAGUGGACGAGGCGUUUUACGAAAGUAAAAUUAGAAUAAACGGUAAGAAGUUGCUGAAGAAAAGCGAUCCAGUACAGGAAGGCGACGAGAUCGACAUAGUACGCGAAAUCGACACCAAUAAUCCCAAUUUCUUGAACGUUGCGCGAGUCGAGGUGUUACAGAUCGCUCCCAAAAGCCAGAGUUUCAGCCUACGCGCUAGACGUUGCAAAAGUCUCCUAAUAGAAAAUUACGAAGAUAAAUGGACACCUGCAAGCUGAAAUUUUGUUAUAAUUACUGAUUGUAUAUAAAAUAUGAAAUAGUCUUUAAUAGAAUUUCAAUGAUAUAUUCUACUAUUAUUGUAGGAGUG